GAGCACGAGAGGGCGAGAGAGAGAGAGGUCGAGAGCGCGCGAGAGAGGGUGCGAGAGAGAGAAAGGGCGCGAGAGAGGGCGAGAGAGAGAGAGCGAGCGAGCGAGAGAGAGGGCGAAAGAAAGCAAGAGAGCGAGAGAAAGGGCGAGAGAGAAAAGAGAGAGGAGAGAGAGAGAGAGAGGGCGAGAGAGAAAGAGAAAGAGAGAGAG